CUGCACCAGAUGGACUUUGUGCAGUAUUCAGUCGCCUUUUCGCACUUCUUCCACAUCGGGAAGACGACCCACCCACACAAUUCACCUGUUCAAAGGAAAACCCCAAUUUUUGUGAUACAACAAAAAAAAACUCCUGGACUUGCGGAGGAGAUUACUUUUUUUGUGAUUUUCGCCUAAUAAAAGAAGUGUUGGAAAAAAUAAUUCAGUGAAUUCCACCCCCACAAUAUUCCCUCCCAUAAGUUUUAUUUUUUUAAGUGAUUUGUGUGCUUUGAGGGAUUAACCAUGAGAAUUAUAAUCGUAUUAUUGGCCAUCGCCUCGAUCGCAUCUGCCCAAAUCCGCGGAAUCGUGCCGAAUCGAGAUGCAAGCGCCGUCAUCUUGAAGCACAUCUAUGAACCAAAUCCCGAUGGUUCGUACGUCUACAGUUAUGAAACCAGCAAUGGCAUCCGAGCCGAUCAGCAAGGGUAUCUCAAAAAUCCUGGCACGCAAAUUGAGGCUCAGGUGAUGCAGGGCUCCUACUCAUACACCGGCCCCGAUGGCGUAGUCUACACCGUGAAAUACAUUGCAGAUGAGAAUGGUUUUAGGGCAGAGGGGGCUCAUCUACCUGUGCCACCACCUCCUCUACGGAAUAACCCACGAUUUGGUGGCUUCUAAGCACACCUUUGUGAGCUUCUUCACCCACUAUUUACAACCCUUUACUCAUCUUCCAACGAAGAGUUACCAUUAAUUUGUGAUUUUUAUGCAAAACAAAAAUUAAUUAAAAGAAAAACUCAUCAAACGCUAAAAGAAAGAUGUCGCGUAAAUGAUAUUUUUUUUUACCUUCCACACACAACACGCAAGAAGUUCAAACACAAAAUGCAAAUGCCACAAUAAAGGCAACUUUUAAAAGACAAAAA